UUGCGUGGCGAUGGAACCCGUCAGCGAGAGCCGCCGCCCGUCGACCGACUGGCGGCGAUGCGUGCUCUCCCCAACACCGGACGCGUCGGGCACGACGCCGACGGAUCACGCGCGCGACCCCGGGCUGCAGGCGCAGGCGAACAACACGAGCAGGCGGCAUUCAGGCGACAGGCAUCGGGGGAUGCAGCGCAACCGUCUCCGCAAUCAAAUGGAAGUCUCCGUUAUGACCACAGCCUGUCUCGCGUGGAACUGCGUUUCAAUAUUUGCAAGAACGUCUGACUCCUUGGUCUCGAGAUUCCUCGGCGUAUCUUCACCGUCACAUCACUGGACCAUGAAGGGUGUUCUGGACUUCUGCCACGCCACGAACGCCCUGAGUGACGUAGCUCUAUUAUACAGCUUAUACUAUGUUCACGGACCACAUAACCAUUCCGUGGAGACGGCGCUCCACGAAAUCAUCAGAAGUUUCAUAUUUUGGAAUGCUUUCACCACUGCCAUUAUAUGGGCCGCAUCAUGCGUUGACGUGUUCGUCCGUUUUCUUCGGUCGCCUAUCGAAGAAGGCGAGGCUGUGAACGGCACCUCUCUACCUCUGAACGUCACUGCCGAUCAUCAGAAUGGCGACGGAGGAACGGUGGUUCCCAUGGGUGCCGCGUUCGGAUUUACUGGAAUUGCUGUGUUAAAGGUGCUCCUUCUUCUCUACAUAUACGGGGACUAUCUGGACACCUUGGAAAGCGGCGCUGCAUUUAUAGCGCCAGAAGUAAUGACAACUGGGCCAGAAACAAGCGCUCCUCAAGCAGACACCAUGAGUACCUGGAACCGCAUCAUCGGGUGGCGCAAAAGGUCCAGUUCUUUGGCAACACAGAACCCCGCGUCGCUGGCGAAGUACCGCUCCCCGAGGAACAGUAUGGCCCCGCAACGAAGUACGAUAUCCCCGCGGCGCUCUAUAGAUACAGCGCCCCAGUCCGCAGUGCCACUCGCCGACGGGUUAGAGCCAACGAUUCAGACGAUACGCUCUGCUUACAACGACGCGACUGAAGAAGCGCCGCUCCAAGUUGUGCCAAACAAGAACCGCGUGUCUUACGUCUGGGUUCAAGGGGACGCGUAUGGGCCCAAGGGCGGCACUCAGCCGGCGGAGUCGUCUUUGUCGCAGCGAAUGAGUCGGGGCAUAGGCAGCUUCGACGCCAUGAAUAUGCCGUUUUUUGGUGGCACACGCAAACCACGCAGAGAGGCACGCAGUUUAUCUAUUGAACUGAAAAGAGAAGGAUCUGCUAGCCACGCAGUUAAGCAGGCAUUUACCGAAGCACCGAAACCAAAAUCUGGGGAAAAGCGGCGUGAGGUUAUGCCACCACCCACAAAUUUAAGUGACGAGGAAAACUUCGACGAGAGGCAACAUGAUCCUAUAACUCAGGAACCCGAAAAGAGGCCGGUGCUUACUACUGGUGGCUCGGAAACUGGCAGGAAUUCGAAUGCUGAGGUAACUAUGACGACGCACAAACUACUAAUGCCAAAAGAUGGCGGUGCCUCUGAGAUGGGCUCGCAUAAUGAAAUUUGGGAACAACUGAUGGAAUCUAAUCAUGCGUGCGACGUUGUAGCAGUUGAUAAGGCGCUACCAGUGACACCGACAAGCCCAUUUGACCAGAGACUCCGCAUAGCACAAUCUGCCCCGGAGACCACUGUGAACGAAGUGAUAAAUCCUUGCAACUCUGAUGAGAAGCUGACAACGUCAGACGGUUUUAGCUGUGCAUUAGUACCCAUGCCUACCAAUGACAUGUCUAAGCACAACACAUCGCUGACGUUCAAUUCCUUCAAUCCGAACAGCGUAAGUGGAUGUCACAUAAAACAAACGCCUACAAGUACAUCGACUACCUCUCACAAGAUUGUACUACAGAAUACCGAGACUGAUUUGGUGAAAGAUACCGAACUGUUAAUUCCACCGUCUUCAGUGCAUCUUGAUACCAGUGGCAGUGGCAUUCUUCGUGAAAUGGAUGCGAAGGGAGUAUACUUUGACCAAGCGAGAGCAAGUGACGAAGCGAAGGAUCAGGUCUGUGCCACGGACGAUUACAGCGGUUCGACGUCUACUUCUCACGGCACCCUACCUUUGCCAUCAAAACCUACGUUUUCGGUAGAAUGCGGACGCAUGUCGUCUGAAAAUGACCAGAAUUCAAACAGCAACGAUACGCCAAAACCAAAGGUAAACUUUAUGGCGCAGGCUACACAGAGAGGUAUUACGGGGGUCAGCGGCGGAACCGAUCGGGAUGGCGCCACUACCGACGUAGCCAACGCCAUUGACGGGCGCACACAGCAUAAGGAAUCAAAAUGUGACGGGCUUGUCGGCACGCACGAUUCCGAAAUGUUGACUGGAACAUUUUCAGUAGAAGAAGGUUAUGGCGAGAAAAUGCAAGAGCAUGACACCGAUUGAUAAAGCGGGGUUGCUACCGCUCAAGACAUUGCCGUGCGCGCAUAGUGAUUUCAUUUAGGUCAGAUUUUUUUUCUUGAUUUCUUAUAUCUGAGUUGUUCAACUAAUAUCUAUUGUAAUAGAAUAUAUUUAUGCAAGUAGUGAAAUCGAGCAAAUGAAAGUGAAUGGCUACCUUUUCUUGUAAUAA